GUGAUGGAGCGCUGACUGGGGGCGCGGCGGCGGCGGCGGCGAGGGCUCGGCGGGCCAUUGGCUCCCGGGCGCGGCAAAGGCAGCUCUGGGACUGGGAGAGCGAGCAGGGCCCGCGGGCCGGGCCGGGCCGACCUGGGCUGCAGCCAUGGAGGACCAGAGGGCGCAGGGGCUUACCCGCCCGGCGUGUGUGCGGGCUUCCCUGGCGCAGGAGGCUCUGCGGAAGAUCACCACCACGCUGGCUGUGAAGAAUGAGGAGAUUCAGAGUUUCAUCUACUCCCUCAAGCAGAUGCUGCUGAAUGUGGAGGCCAAUUCGGCCAAGGUGCAAGAGGACCUGGAGGCAGAGUUCCAGUCCCUCUUUUCCCUCCUGGAGGAGCUGAAGGAGGGCAUGCUCAUGAAGAUAAAGCAGGACCGUGCCAGCCGCACCUACGAGCUGCAGAACCAGCUGGCUGCCUGCACACGGGCCCUGGAGAGCUCUGAGGAGCUUCUGGAGACGGCCAACCAGACCCUGCAGGCCACAGACAGUGAGGACUUUCCACAGGCUGCCAAGCAAAUCAAAGAUGGUGUGACAAUGGCCCCUGCCUUCCGGCUGUCGCUCAAAGCCAAGGUCAGCGACAAUAUGAGUCACCUCAUGGUGGACUUUGCACAGGAGCGGAGGAUGCUGCAGGCUCUCAAGUUCCUGCCUGUGCCCAGCACCCCCGUGAUCGACCUGGCUGAGUCCCUGGUGGCAGACAACUGUGUGACGCUGGUGUGGCGCAUGCCAGACGAGGACAGCAAGAUCGACCACUACGUGCUGGAGUAUCGGCGGACCAACUUCGAAGGCCCGCCCCGCCUCAAGGAGGAGCAGCCCUGGAUGGUGAUUGAGGGCAUCCGGCAGACGGAGUGCACGCUGACUGGUCUCAAGUUUGACAUGAAAUUCAUGAAUUUCCGUGUGAAGGCCUGUAAUAAGGCUGUUGCAGGCGAGUUCUCCGAGCCGGUGACCCUGGAGACACCAGCGUUCAUGUUCCGCCUGGAUGCGUCCACAUCCCACCAGAACCUACGGGUGGAUGAUCUCUCCGUGGAGUGGGAUGCUAUGGGCGGGAAGGUGCAGGAUAUCAAGGCUCGUGAGAAAGAUGGCAAGGGAAGGACAGCGUCUCCCGUCAACUCUCCAGCCAGAGGAACCCCAUCUCCCAAGAGGAUGCCCUCAGGUCGAGGGGGUCGGGAUCGCUUCACCGCUGAGUCCUACACGGUGCUGGGGGACACACUGAUCGACGGCGGGGAGCACUACUGGGAGGUGCGCUAUGAGCCAGACAGCAAGGCAUUUGGCGUGGGGGUGGCCUACCGCAGCCUGGGCCGCUUCGAGCAGCUGGGCAAGACGGCGGCGUCCUGGUGCCUGCACGUCAACAACUGGCUGCAGGUCAGCUUCACUGCCAAGCAUGCCAACAAGGCCAAGGUGCUGGACGUCCCCGUGCCCGACUGCCUGGGCGUGCACUGCGACUUCCACCAAGGCCUCCUGUCCUUCUACAAUGCCCGCACCAAACAGCUGCUGCACGCCUUCAAGGCCAAGUUCACACAGCCCCUGCUGCCUGCCUUCACAGUGUGGUGUGGCAGCUUUCAGGUGACGACAGGCCUGCAGGUCCCCAACUCUGUGCGCUGCCUGCAGAAGCGGGGCAGCGCCACCAGCAGCUCCAACACCAGCCUCACCUAGGCCGCCGGGCCACUCCCCCAGCUGGGCUG